UUCAAGAUGGCGGCGGACUGAGGCUGCAGCUCCGCAGCUGAGCGCUGAGGGAUUUAUUCAAUCUUCACCGCGUCACACACCGGGAAUGAGCGCUGUUCUCCCGGUGUUCUCCGGGCAACGCUGCGGCUCCUCCGGCUAAAAUGCUGGCCCCUUCCUCCCGGAACAUCAGAACCUGCUGCUGCGGAGCUCGGCCCACCGGGCACGGGCACUCGUCGCGGGAUCUUACGCCCGAGGCCGAGGCUCUGUUGACGGACUGAGCGGACAUGGAGGAGACUGGAGGAGGGUCGCUUUGCUUCGAUUUAAACGACGAGGCCGGAGGAGUGAGAGCGGGGCUCGGUGCUCUGAAAGACCGCAGUAUCGCACUGCUAGCCGGUGUCAGCGGGGGUCAGGGAGCCGGGAAGGGCCAUUUUUAUGUGACCGGUAACGGAAGGAAUGUAAACACCGACGCGUCGGUACAUCCGCCCCCGGUACAGAGGGAGGUGAUGUUGGUGGAGAGGAGCCUAACAGACCGCCUGACCGACAGGUGUGGGGUGUCGGGGGAUGUCGGUGACCACCGCGGCCUGAACGGAUUCACUGAGUCACUGUGUCAGGAGGAGCCGGCCAUGGUGGCCCUGGAGGAGGGAGGAGCAGCGGGCAGCCGCGGCCUCGCAGGGGCCGCUUCCUUUCCGGCUGUGCUCGGGACUCGGGUUUCAGUGGAGACGGGUCCGCAGAUGCUGCAGCGAUCUGCGGGGGAGAGCACGGGGGAAAUCCCGGAUGUAACCGUGGGAGGAGAGGAGCCGACGGGCGGUGGUGCGGUUACCGGGAGUGUCAGGACUUCUCUCCCCCUCGAGCGGCUGCCAUGCCCGGGGAAGCAGCAGGGGAAUUGCGGAUUCACCGCAGGUUUCCAGUGUCCAACUGUGGACAUGUCCAACGGGGUGGUGGACAGUGAGGACCCCGGGGUGGACACCGCUUAUAACCCGACAGCAGUGAUUUCCAGUCCCGGUGUGUGCGACGUGGACUGCGGGGAAGUGAAAUUAGCCAACGGCGGUUUACACAUCGUGAACAGCUCCAGAGCAACAUGUGACUCUUCAGACUCAGACACCGACAUCCAUGCGGACCCGGGGACAGGGCGAGAGACCGGGGCCUGCAGCGGGGAAGAGGUCACUCAGUGCCCCGGGGAGGAUGCGCCUGCUGCCGCGGAGCCCCCUCCCUCCCCCUCGGUCUCCCCCACCCCAGAUUCAAGUGCCAAACUCCCCUCACCCAGCCCGUCACCCCCCAGCAAACCGAACGGCGACAGCCCGCUCUCAGAGCCCGAGUCCGAGGAGGACGAGGCGGGUUUCGGUGACCUGAGUUUACCCGUCAGGCCGCAGAGCCUGAGGACUAACCCCGGCCUCCCGGUGUCCCUGAGCUGCGACGCCACCCCGCUGUCCCCGGACGAGGAUGGGGGCUUUUAUUUUGGAGACGACGGGUACAUGGAGGAGUGUCGGGGCGCGUUGGAGGCGGCGGGUCGGAGACAGAGCGCCCCGGACAAACUCCCGGACCUGACCGACCACCCGGACUGCUCGGACGGCAAACUGAUGCCGAAGAGAUUCGGCAUCGCUGACUUCUUCACCAGGAGCCUAUUUUCUAGGAGAUCCAAAGAGCCAAAGGCACCGACCCAUAAUGCAGCAGGAUGGCGACUGUUCGGCAAGACAGGAGCCAGAGGGGCGGAUCCAACUAAAGACCCAGCCUCCACAGUGUCCAAUCAGCAGUUUCCACAGGAGGAGGAAGAGGAGGAGGAGGAAGAGGAGGAGGUGAAGGACUCAGAUGUGUCCCCGUGUCGGGAGCGCCCCCCAGCUGCAGGGAGGAGGAAGAACCUGGAGUUUGAGCCUCUUUCCACCACAGCUCUCAUCCUGGAGGAUCGACCAGCGAACCUUCCGGCCAAAUCUGAAGAGGAAACUCAGCGACACAAACUCGAAUAUGAGGAGAUGGUGGCAGGAGCCAAGAGGAGAGAGUUGAAAGAAGCACAGAGGAAGAAGCGUCAGAUGAAGGAGAGACACCGGCAGGAGGACAGCAUCUCCAACGCCAUGGUCAUCUGGAACACUGAGAUCCUGCCUCACUGGGACACCAUGAAGGGGACGAGGCGGGUGAGGGACCUGUGGUGGCAGGGACUUCCUCCCAGCGUCAGAGGUCGAGUUUGGAGUCUCGCCAUCGGCAACGAGCUCAACAUCACGUCAGAUCUGUACGAGAUCUUUCUGUCCAGAGCCAAAGAGAAGUGGAGGAGCUACAGCGAGACCAGCUCAGUGAACGACAACGAGAGCGAUGGAGCGUCUCUGGCCGACAGAGAGUCCAGUCUGGACCUCAUCAAACUGGACAUUUCCAGAACCUUCCCCUCGCUCUUCAUCUUCCAGAAGGGCGGUCCGUACCACGACCUCCUCCACAGUGUUCUCGGAGCUUACACCUGUUACAGGCCCGACAUCGGCUAUGUUCAGGGGAUGUCGUUCAUCGCUGCUGUUCUGAUCCUCAACCUGGAGGAGGCAGAGGCCUUCAUCACCUUCGCCAACCUGCUCAAUAAACCCUGUCAGAUGGCGUUCUUCAGGGUCGACCACGAACUGAUGUUGAAAUACUUUGCAGCCUUUGAGGUUUUCUUUGAGGAGAAUCUUCCCCGUCUCUUCAGCCACUUCCAGACGAACAGCCUGACCCCUGACCUCUAUCUCAUCGACUGGAUCUUCACGCUGUACAGUAAGUCCCUCCCCCUGGACGUGGCGUGUCGAGUGUGGGACGUCUUCUGUCGGGACGGGGAGGAGAGCCUGUUUCGAACGGGGCUGGGUAUCCUGCGUCUGUUCGAGGAAGUCCUGCUGCAGAUGGACUUCAUCCACAUCGCUCAGUUCCUCACGCGCCUGCCCGAUGACCUGCAGUCGCACACGCUCUUCGUGGCCAUGGCCAACACGCACAUGAUCAGCAGAAACCGCCGCUGGGCUCAGGUGUUUUCUGCUUUGACGAAGGAAGGAAACAAAGAGGUGGAUAAAAACACCAGCCCGGCGUUGCGAAGUUAACUGCUGAUGCCAAACGCUGCUGUGGAGGAGGAUGGAGCUGGCGUCAGGCGGCCGGGAACUUCAGAGGUGAAUGUGAGCCCGUCCUGUCGGCACUGAAGCGAACACCUGAGGCUGCGUAGCUUCAAGCUAAACUCUUCACUCCCAAGCUCGAAGCAAACACGAGGCUGAGGUCAGAGGAACCGUCAGCUUGAGCGUCCAGGUCGGUGAAGGAACAACGGCCCCCGGGAGUCUGCGCAGGGACCAGAGCGGUCGGUCAAACCUCCACAGCCACUGUCAGUAUUUCACGUAGGGAUUUAGUUUUGAUGAAGCAGCAGCGUCAUGUUUCACCAGCGUAUCAAAGGUGGAAAAAUCAAACAGACUUUCAGCCGCUGGCCGGGUGCAAACACUUGAUCCUGGCCUUUGAUCGGUUUGUGGUGAUUCUGUCUCCUCCGUGUCGGGAUGUCUACGCCACUAAGAGCGAGUAUUUCUCCGUGUGUAAUUCUCAGACUCCAGCUCUAAUGUUUCGGUGCUAAUCAUUUUCUGAAGGCUUCGACUCGUCUGUGGUUUAAUAAUUAACUUUGGUCUUCGUGGUUUUUUUAAAAUUUCACACUGUUGUUUCAUUUGCUGCUCUUCCAGCUCGAACCAGACGAUUGAUAAGGCUCCAACUUUAAACUGUAACUUUUUAAACUUAAAAUCUCUUGACAAAUAGAAAAUAACAUGGUAAGAAUCUUAAAGACAUUUUGUACGACGUAGAUUUUCCAAAUCGUAAGCGAAGAAUACGUCGAAUCAUUGAUCCUCAUUGAGUAAAAAACUAAUAUAAUAACAUAUUCUGUUUUUACAGGACACUAAUUAUUCAACUGGACUCAACAAUUAUUUCCUCUUUGUAUUAAAUCAUUUGAAAUCUUCUCCUGAAUCUAAAAAUCUCUGAUGAUGCCUUUUAUUUUUUAAGUUAAAAUCUGGUGGAACAACUUUGAAUGUAGGACGACGCAGUUUUCAAUUAGCGUUCAAUUAAGAUUUUCUGUCAGAACACUUUCUACCUGCAGCACCGACGCAUCUUCGUGAACGUUCAUCCUGUCUUAUUUGUUGUUGGAGGCAAAACAUUUGGUCAUAACCGAAAAUUAAACAUUAUAAACUGUUUGUGUGGCAUCGAGUCGUAUGGACACACAAAGGUUAUCGUUUAAACAGGUUUUUACUACAAUAAUAACCACGGCAACAAUGAUCAAUGCUAGAAAUUAAGCAAUUUAUCUAAAUUAAAAUCUCACACACAGGACGCCCCCUGCAGGCCCGUCUGUUUUUAACACUCAGAUUUAAACACUAUUAAAUAUAAACCUCAGCACCAGUUCAUCCCUAACUCUACACACACCUCUGCGAAUGUCACCAAACAGCAGAGGAUGAAGGACGGACAUUUUCAUCCUGACUUUUUUGCUGUUGAUAACGACCAGAUUCUUCCUAAAUUUCAAAAUGUCAAACCAGAAGGAAGAACAGAAACACACACUGACGUCGUAAAGAUUAAAACAUGUCACUGCUGUCAAGUAAAAUCAUCUUUUAAUAUUUCAACAACAAAAUCUUUUUUCCUCCGACCUCUCCCUCGCCUUGUUUUCCGCUCUUACACCAAAUCACUCCACCAAUAAGACUCAGCUGUUGAUGUUGUACAACAGCCAAUCAGAAGCCAGGGCUUGACGGUGAAACCAUGACAUCGUGCUUCAUGGACGUCACAUGAUCUCUGACAUCACACUAACUCUCAGCAGCACACGUUUGUUUUUUAAAAAGUGGUAACGAAGCACUUUACAAUAAAAAGACUGGAGAUGAAGUUUGAAUAUACAUUAAAAGUAAUAGUUUCCACUACGAGUCUCUGACAGAUCAUCGGAUAAAGAUAGAAAAACUUUCUGAUUCUCUUAAUCUCGAAGACUCGGGAAACGUAAACGAUGGUCGCGAUGUUUCAGGUGUAACGUUCCUCUCUGCUCACCAACACUCCUCCGUCAACACUCAGACUAACGACUGAUGUUUUACAGGUCAAAUACUUCUUCUGUUUGUGACAUCAUUCCUCCUUCCUUCAUGUCAGCAGCAUUUCAAAACUAAACCGGUUUGUCUGGAUGUUUGUCGUCUGCUAGAUUAAUUAAAAAAUCAACUCAACUGUUAAAAGACUCAGUAACAUUCCACAUGAAAUACAGUCAUUCACAGAAACACAACAGAUUAAAGGUUUCUGAUAAUAAUUCGUAUUUAAUUGAUAUGCAAUAUAAAUUAAGACAGUCAGAGAUGAUCCUCGCUCAUUCUAACAUGACGGGGAAACAUCCGCUGUCGUCGUUGAGAUGUAAAACAACGUGAAUCUCGAAACUCGGACGGGUUGAUGGUAAAAGACGCUGAUUAUUUUUGUCUUUGUGCUCAAACUCAUUUGGAAAAUACAAUAUGUGCAAUAUGGUUUAGAUUAAGAUGAAUAAUCCAGAAACCUGAGCAACGUUCCCUCGUCUCGCUUCACUCCAGAUUGUCGAUGAAACACUCAAAGAGCCGCAGAGCGAAGACGACUUUAAUAAUGUGAGAUUAUUUUUUUCCUCCCACAUGUUCCAAACAUUCAUUUUAUUUAAGUUUUAUCAUUUGUAUUUUCUACUUCCAUGUAAAUUCAUUUAGCUUUGUUCCGUUUACGUGUGCUAUUGUUUUUCUUGUUAAAUUUCAAUGUACAUUUUUAUUCGCAAUGCCUUACAGGUGAUGUAAAUAAACUGUAAAAAUGUUCUUUCUUUUCAUAUAAUGGCCACUAGUUAAAUGUGUAAAUAAAUAUCUUAGCAAACGGAA